AUGGAUACGGGCGUCUGGAACGGCCAGACUCAGAACCCGUCCUCGACCGGCGACGAUGACUUCCAACAAUUCCUCGACAUGGAUAUGUCGAACAUGGGAGACUCGAUACAGUUCGACUUCCACGACUUCAAUCCGUCGAACGGCCCCUCCAUGAUGCCACACCACCAGCCGCAUCGCGAUCCCAUAGACACACCCAUGCCCGACUCGGGUAUGGUCCCAAUCGUCUCGCCAUACCACAUGGGAAUGCAGAACCAAAUUCCCCCCUUGACGUCUGCUCCCAGUCAUCCAACCCUCUCGUCACAAGUCAUACCUUCGCACCAUACCUCCCACGACGCUAUUUCCGACAUCGAUGCGCAGAUCAACUUUCUACAACACCAGAAAAAGUUUCAGCAGCAGCAGAGACACCUUGAGGAACAGCAAAGACAUCUGCGAGAGCAGCAGGCUGCAUUCUAUGCGCAGCAGCAGCAACAGCAACAACGCAUGGUACCCCCGACGCCGCAGAGUCUUGACAUGCAGUCUGCGAAUCAGUUCUACACUACGCACGAUCAGGGACACUCUUCUGGCUUGUUCGACGGGUACCAACAGUUGAAGGAGCAACAAGACAUGGCUUUCACCCCGCUGGUGUCACCCGCGGUUACCCCUUUGGACGCACACUUUCCCGUUGACCCUCAAUUCACAAUUCCAGGAGCCUACUUCAGCCCAAUAAGCUCCCCUGCACUACAUGCGCAGAUGGAUUCUUCUUCAAUGUUUGACCCCAGGCUCUCGGGCCAGACGACUAACUCGCCAGCGGAAAUGGACGUUGAACUCCCUCUGGUCCCGCUCAGUACGGCGACUCUGUCCAAGGAGGUGCGCAAGAACAAUGCGUCGAAGAGGAAGCCCAAAAUACGGCAGUCGCCUAUCACCAAGCCGCAGAGAAAGAAGACGGCAUCAACACCUGUUAUGAAUGCCCAGAUCCUGAGUGAGUUGGCCGAGACUGCGAUCGAGAGCUCAGGCGUACCGCCUAAAGCCAAAUCAGUGUCGGCAACCUCGACGGAAGAAUCGAUGUCGGAGAAUGCUUCAGUCUCGCCAGAGGCUCUUUCGGAUAUGCCACCACCACCUCUCCCGCUACCGCGCUCGGCUCGGCAAUCUCCGUAUAUCCAACCGCAUACCAGCGAUAAUCCUGUGCCACUGCCACUACCGAAAGCUCUGAACGGAAAGCCCUCGCCUGCAACUCCGGCUUCACUAUUCAGGAUAUCACCAAGGAGCAAGUCGGCUGGUCCGAAUAACCCAGACCAAAAUGCGCCGGAACACAUUGACAGCUUCGAGCUCCCCGAAUCCAUCAACUUCUCAAAACCCCAAUUGCCGUCGCUCGAUACUCGGCAACCAACACAGAUAACGUCCGAAGGAGAUUCAGCCAAGACAUCAUUUCAGACGUUGCCAUCCCCUGUCGUCCCGAACCCCCCUCGGCGCGCUUCCGCUUCCCAAAGUCCCCAGCUCACACCGAGAAUAUCUGCCACUACAAGAAAGACGCCACUAUUGACACCGAGGGGCGGUAAGAAGAGGACUAGCGUCAGCUCUAUUUCGCCAGCAUUACUGCCAAGAAUAUCUCCGAACAUCAAACCACUACUUCCCGGGACUCCUGGAAUGUCUGUCGAGGAUUCUGCGUCGCAAUUACUGGCUUCCAAGUCAAACUAUCAGCGGAUACUGGAGGGGAACACAGUACCCGGUGUCUCGUAUCCUAGCGAACUGUCUACGGGCUUGACCUCGAAGCGAACUUCGCAUAAGAUUGCAGAGCAAGGACGCAGGAAUCGUAUCAACACGGCGCUUAUGGAGGUUGCCACAUUAUUACCAAAGAGCGCGGCCAACGAGCUUGGUGAAGGGGACGACGAGAGCGGCAGUGGAGACAAGAAAGAUGGCAAACAAUCGAGCGCUCCAAAUAGCAAGGCCAGUACAGUUGAAUUGGCGAUCGAGUACAUCAAACAGCUAAAGGAGGAAGUCGCCAACGCAAACAAGAGAGCUGAUGAAGCUGAGCAGAAACUACAAGAGCAAGCGCCAGCGAGCUGA